AGGUUUCUGUGAAGAUGUGGGCUCAACAGUCACCGACCUCUCGCUGCUUUCACCCAUCUUAUUUUUCUGCGACCGGACGUCAGACAGCCAGCGGCAGGCUGGGUAGUGGAGCAGCCUCAGCUCCUAUAGCUGGGUUAGCUUAUCUUCCAUCUCUGCUCUCCUCCCUGGGCCAGUUUGGUGGCAAUUGUUCCGGCAGGUCUGGCUGGUUGGUCCGCCCUGGCCGGUGAUCUUCUCAAAGUCUGCUGCACUUAAUACCAUCCCCACGCCUCCUUUUCAGAUGUUAAUGAAUGUGUUCUGUCAUAUGCCAUUUAGUGAUAAACACAAAAAAAAACACCAAAUAAAGACAAAAAUGUAGCAGAAUUCACAGAAGCUACGGGCUGCAGCAUGUCCAAAAAAACCUACAAGUGUCCAAAAAGAAAAAAUCAUGAAGAAAUUUCGACACUUCUGUAGUUCUUUGGGGUCACGGUGCAACAGAUCGCGUUUUAUCCGUGAUCCGAUUUGUGGCUCAAAACAGCGACACAAUCCGAAACAGUGAAUUUUGUGUCCCUGCUAACUCAGAAGUACAACCAGGAAGCUCAUGUGAACAGUUUUCCGACUCAGAGACUCGUAAUGACGGUGUAAACGAUGUGCCGCCAUGGGACAUUAUGUAGGAAGAAUCGGUGAUUGGUAUCUGCUCCAUCAGCUCACUCUGACCACAUGGUUUAUAUGUGGCAUUACUGUGAUCAGCAUGAGCCCUAAAACGCAUGAUUGGUGCAUCCACUGGACUUCCACAGCAUUUUCUGAAAUAAUGUAACCGCUGAAUAUUUAGUGUGUUUGACCCUCUCGCUUUUUUUACUCCAGGCAGCUAUACUAGGCAGCCCCCUCCCCCCUCUAGAGCCGCUGCUGCUCUUUCCUUAUCCUCUUUUCAGUCUUUCGGCGUUUGAUGUAGUGGAGAAAGCUGCUCUGAGAUCAUUGGAUGUGGGCCCGGGCUGCUGUAGCGUUGAGGCCAAGGUCGGUAAUGUCAGAGGGGAGAGCCGGCGGUGGGAACGGCCAAGUUCAACAGCAGUUAAUCUUGUGCUGCUGGACCAAUGUAGCUGUGGUGCUGAAUGACUUUGCCCAGGUGUGCAAUUUUUUGUGUGCGUGCGUGUGUGUACGUGCACCCUUCUUGUACUUGUUUUGGCUGUGCUCUGUGUGAAGUCGGCCGUGCCAGUGGAGCGUCUCUCCGCCGUGAGUCAUGUGUUUUCAAAGGGCCAGACCGCGCGGUGAAAUACCUGACUACCAGUUAGUCCUCUGCAGCCCUGCUGUUAUUUUUAGAGGCUGCUCAACCUGCUGCUCUGGAAGCAGUCAGGAGACCUGCCAAAACGUCCCUCGCCUCUGUCUCUCUCACUCGCUGUUCUUGUGAUCAGAAACGUAUUCGAGCCGCUCGGAAUAUUACGCGCAGUGUGUACACGGAUACUUGAGUACCUGUUUGAAUUGCAAAGACCUCCACCUGGACUCGAGGAGGAACUGAAUGGAUGAAUUUGGUGGUCAAAGGUCACUGUGACCUCACUUCCAUCCCAUUCUGCUGAUAACUCAGGAACGUCCACUCGCACUCGAGAGGUCGUGGCGGAGUACGAUUACGACGCGCUCCACGAGGACGAGCUGACCCUGCGGCCGGGCGACGUCAUCAAGAACGUGCGCUACAUUGAGGAGGACGGCUGGAUGGAGGGGGACCUCAACGGGAAAAGGGGCCUCUUCCCCGACAACUUUGUUAAGGAAGUGAAGAAGGAAUCCAAAGAGGUCAAGGAAACCAAGAGCGAGCCUAAAGAGGAGGCGUCUCAGCCUCUGAGGAGAGAGAAGAGCGCGGGGAACGUGGCCAACCUGGUCCAGAGGAUGAGCACCAUCGGCAUCCCGACCGGCGGCUUCCUGCCUCAGCCGCCGGCUGCUUCCAAGAAGCCCAAGAGGAGACAGUGCAAGGUCCUGUUCGACUAUCAGCCGCAGAACGAGGACGAGCUGGAGCUGAAAAUCGGAGAGAUCGUAGACGUCAUCGAAGAGGUUGAGGAGGGCUGGUGGAACGGCAGCUUCAACAGCAAGUCAGGAUUGUUUCCCUCCAACUUCGUCAAAGAGCUGGACACCACGGGAGAGGACGGAGACGCCAACGACGCGGCUGCGGACGAGACCGAUGGAAGUGGAAUAGAAAGCGGCGCCUCCCCCGCGCCCCCGCAGCCCGCCUCGGGGAACGGAGUCAUCGCUCAGCCCAAGAAGAUCCGAGGCAUCGGCUUCGGUGAUAUUUUCAGAGAAGGGUCGGUCAAACUAAGGGCCAGACUGCCGAGCCACGAACCGGAGGAGAAGAAGGAGAGACCAAUCCCAUCAUUACCAUCCGCUGCAAAGCCCGCCCAUCCCAACAUGACAGACUCGCAGAGAGCGGACGGAGACGGCAAAUCCAAAGCAAAAGAGUACUGUAAGGUGACCUUUACCUUUGAGGGGACAAAUGAGGACGAGCUGACCAUCAAGGAGGGCGAUAUCGUCCACGUCCUGAGCAAGGACACCGGAGAGCCCGGCUGGUGGCGAGGGGAGAUCGGGGGCAGAGACGGCGUCUUCCCGGACAACUUUGUAGUCGCGGUGUCUGAAGCAGAGAAAGAGACGCCCACGUCGAGAGGCUCGGUGAGAUCAUCUCCCAAGCAGGAGUCAGAAGAGAAGCCGAAGAAGCCACCUCCGCCGUCAAAAAGCAUAGCUCUCAGGCCGGAGGUUCCCAGCGCCGACAGGAAGCCUCAUCCCAUCAGGCCAGAGGACAGAGUUGACAGGGCCGCACCAGAUCACAAACCAUCCAAGCCCGCGGCGCCGGUGGUCCCGCCCAAGAAGCCAGUCCCCCCUCCCGGGAAAGGCAGGCCCGGAGGCUUCCCCCCGAAGAGGCCGGACAAGCCUCUCGCUCCCUCGCCGAACCUCAAGCACAAUGGAGAGGUGCCUUCCACGCGACCAAAGUCCGACUUCGAGCCGUUAUUGCCCACCAAACCCAAAACGCUGUCCGGGGACUGGGGGGAGAAGUCCUUGGAUAUGGAUCUGAUCAGUUUUGACGAGUUGUCGUCUACCUCGGAGAAGCUCUCUCACCCCACUGCUAACAGACCAAAGAUGCCUGGCAGGAGGCUGCCCGCCCAGUUUGGCGGAGGACAUUCGCCCACCAAGGAGGUGAGCAUGGAGAAGUCCUUCAGGUUCGAUGAGGACGAUGCUGCUGCCAAACCAAAGCUGACAGAAACCAGAAAGCCUUCCACGAACACCUUAUCCCAGUCAUCGGCACUCCUCAGGCCCGCCACGACUGGCACCGAGGCCAAGCCGAGCCCCGCGGCAGCCCCGAGCUCAGAGGGCAGCCGGGCCCGACUGGAGCCUGACGAGCCCAACGGCGAGCUAACCGAGCUGAGGAGCCAGAUGAAGGAGCUGCUGAUGUCUGUGGAGCUGCUCAAGGCUCAGCAAAUGAGAGAGAUCGCGGAGCUACGAGCAGAGCUGGAUGAGGAGAGGCUGAAGCGCGUGGCCUUGCAGGUAACAUUGAUCGCCAUAGCAACACAUGCCGGGCUGUCGACAUUCAUUAGUUUAGCCAAAUGUUGAUGAAGACCAGAACAAAGACAAUGGCUGGAAUGCACACCCAUCAAACACAUUGUACCGUGCUUCAUUACAGCUUGUUACAUUGUAUCAAAAGAAAAAAGAGCAGACCGUUCAGCCAAUGUUUUUUUUCUUUUAAAUGAUUAUUAUAAUAUUUUAUGUAAGCUGGGUCAGCUCCUUCCAUUAGUCACAUGGCUGGCGGCGUGCUCGCUUUAGUGGUCCCUGGAGAGUGAACACAUUCAGCCUCCCUGUGUUCUGGCGUGACCCGGCAUCACAAAAAAAAGCAAACAGCGGUGGACGCGAACCCCGGCCCAUCCCAGCACGGCGUCGAUACCAAUCACAUCACAGGAGGAUGGAGCCCCCUGCAGAAAGCCCUCGGCAUACACAGUCCACACACACACACAGAAACAUAGCCGCAGAUUAGUUCCCCCACCACACGGUUCAUUUCUACUCCCACAGAUGUGUAGGAAGAAGAGACGCCAACCAGGGAAAGACGAAGAUGAUGAAAACAAUGGAGAGAUUGCAGUCACACUUCUUUUCCCUCAGGACUUUGGAGCUUUUCCUCUCGAUUCGAAUGGAUUGUUUAAUGCUUUCUCUCUUUCCCUUCCAUAGAAAAUCUUUUUUCCGCUGGCUUCCUGUGCACAUUAACUCUUGUAUUUCUUAACUGGCCCCCUUUUAAUAGCCUCGAAUAAGUCAUUAAAAACGAAUCACUGUAACAUACAUCAGUGUUAUAAGAGCUACCUAAAAUGAAAGAAUUCAGCUUUGCGAAAAUGUAUUUAAUGUGUAGGAAUCAUUCAAUUUCACUUGGUCCACGUCGGCUGAAGUUCUCCUCCAGCUCCUGGCUCCGGCUUCAUUGUCAUUCCGGUACUCCUAAUCCCCGGCAGUAAUAAAACCUCCACCAUUGUGCCUCACAGCGGGGAUCAACGUUGCCUGGAUCACGGGCUCAAAACCCUCCCUGGCAGAUAGAGUAGACAAACUCUGCUGGAGGGAUGGGAAGUUCUCUAUCAGCGUCACAGCCUCCCGUACUGAGUGUGUGUGUGUGUGUGUGUGUGUGUGUGUGUGUGUGUGUGUGUGUGUGUCAUUGUGUCCUCACAGAUAGAGAUAGAAAAACUGAAGCGGACCGUCCACUCGACGUGAAGCCGGCGUCCCGAUCAGCGGUGAGCCUCGAGAUCAGCCGCCGGCCCUUUCGGACCAACCGGAGAGCGGCAGAAGGGGGGCGGUGACCCGGACGGAUUGUUCAGCGGACGGGGGAGAGGGGGGGGAAAUCACGAGAACCCCCGGGCGCACAAUCCUUUUUUUUUUUUUUUUUUUUUUUUUUUCUGUGACCUACGAAAAUACACUCUCCCCAUAUUUGUAAGAAUUACACUUUUGCACAUAUAAAAACAUUAUCAAGCUACAUGUAAUUAAGUUACAAAUAUAUAUGUUUUUUCUUUUCUUUUUUUUUUGCCAACACAACAAAAUUACAACAGAGGCCUUACUUCAAACUACUGCGCUGCCCCUCCCACUCUCUCCCCUGUCACUCCAGCGUUCCUUGAACCCCUCAGGGAGGAGGUUCGCUCUCAGUACUACUGACUUUGUAUAAAGCAAGGGAGCGCUUGUCUUCCUCGCCUCAAUUGUUUGUUUUUUUUAAACGAUGCACAAAUUUUAAAAAAGAGAAAAUGUUCGAUUUCAGUUAACAUCUUCUGAUUCCUCAAAGCAAAUUCAUUUUUUUUCUUUUCCCAGUGCUCCACCCCGAGUCUGCGGUGCUUUCGGAGAGAGAGCGCUCUGCUUUCUUUCCUCUUUUUUAUGUUUUUUCUGCCCAGGGUAACACUACUGUGCCUGUUUUUAAAAAAAAAAAAAA